AUGAGUAAAAGGCUUCAACUUCGAGGGUUUAUUGUUAAUGAUUUUAUGGGAAGUGGAAGAGUUGAGCAUCAAAUUGUCAAUGGAAAGAUCCAAGGCCUUCCAAAACAUCGAAAUAAAACAGCUAAAUUUACAGAAUUAGUUGCCACUUAUAAACAACAAUCAGCCGAACAAAUGGCUCAAAAGAGUACAGAAUAUUUACAGCAAAAUCAAUCAAUUGUUGAUAAUAUUCAAAAUGAUGAACAAAGCCUUAUUGAAAUGGAUCCAAAAGAAGAUCAUGAUCACAAGAGCAAAGAUUUUCCAAUUGGAGAUAUAGGAAAUAACACCAACAAACCAAAUUCAAAAUGA